UACCUACCGUACCACUAAUGACAACCCAAAAAUGUGUUAAAAUCAGUUUUGAUUCAAAAAUAUCAUAAAAUAAUAAAUGUGUGAAACAAGCAAUCUACGAAAAGUUAUUGGCUUAUCAAUAUUCACCUUUGUAUAGUAACAAUAACAUAAGUUUAUAUUUCUUAGUUCUUACAUGUUACAUGCAAUAAUAUAUUAUGACAGCAUCUAUGAAUUAGAAAACUACAGCGAACUUUUGAACCGCAAGCAUAUCAAAAGUCAUACGGUAUACAAAUCUAAAAUGUCAAUAGGAGUUCGUAAAAUGAAAUAUACUGGCCUCCCAGUACUUUUACCACCCCAGAAGAAAAAGACUACAGCAUCGGAGUCUGUGAUGGGCCGGCGGUUUGUGCUAACUCUGGUGAUCGGGAUCUCUGCGGGCUUUAGUUUCGCCUAUCUACUGCUAACUUCGACGAUCACGCGAGACGUCGCUUGGUCGAGAUACAGGGAAGCCACACGAGACCUGGAGAAGCAUCCGAUCCUGAACGUCCAAGACCAUGGGAUUGAGGAGCCAGCUCAUAGAGAUGAGGACAGGUCUGUCGCUGAUGAGCUGGCCAAGAAGGUCAGAGUGCUCUGUUGGGUGCUCACACAGCCCAAGAACCAUGAGAAGAAGGCCAGACAUGUGAAGGCUACGUGGGGGAAGAGAUGCAAUAAGCUCAUCUUCAUGAGCAGUGUUGAAGACCCCUCUCUCCCGGCGGUGAAGCUGCCCAUCCCCGAGGGUCGGGACCACCUGUGGGGCAAGACCAAGGCGGCCUUCCGGUACGUGUACGAGCACCACAGGCGGGACGCCGACUGGUUCCUCAAGGCUGAUGAUGACACGUACGUGGUCGUGGAAAACCUGCGCUACAUGUUGUCUGAGCACAACAGCCAGGAUCCUGUGUACUUCGGCUGCAGGUUCAAGCCAUUCACGCCACAGGGCUACAUGAGCGGCGGUGCGGGCUACGUGCUGAGCCGCGCGGCGCUGGAUCGCUUCGUCACCGUCGGCCUGCCCUCCCCGCACAUGUGUAAGGCGGCCGACACGGGCGCCGAGGACGCCGAGAUGGGUAUCUGUCUACAACACAUCGGCGUGCGCGCGGCGGAUUCUCGUGACUCACAACAGCGAGGCCGCUUCUUCCCCUUCACGCCAAAGUCGCAUCUCUUCCCGACCAAAGACAAGAACUUCUGGUAUUGGCGGUACAUAUACUAUCCUAAUGAUGAGGGUCUAGACUGUUGCUCCGACCACGCUGUAUCCUUCCACUAUGUGGACCCUGAAGAGAUGUACGUGCUGGACUACCUCAUAUACCACCUGAGGCCCUACGGCAUCAGGUAUGGAGAGAGGCUGCCUGGGAAUACCACCACUGCUAUCACCAAUAGCUAAAUAGCUAGCUAGCUGGUAAACGUGGGAGAGGCUGCCUGGGAAUUCCACCACUGUUAUCACCAACAGCUAAACAGUUAGACAGCUGGUUGACGUAGGAGAGACUGAAUGAUAAUGUAUCAGCUAGACCAGUGUCUUUCAACCUUUUUAUGGUGCGACAAAAUAUUUCGCGACCCCCCAUUUGCCUUUUUUUCACGUAUGUCGCGACUUACAGGGUAAAAAACACUGAGCUAGACUGAACAAGGGGACAUGGCAUCAUAGAGA